CGUCAUCUAGCUUACGGGUGCUGUGCGAAGUGGCAUGUGAGUGACAAGAACACAAGCACAACAGCACGAUGUGGGCGAGAGCGACGGAGGAUGAUGAUGGGCUACAUGACCGGCGCGCGCUUCGGCUCGGUUCGCACACACCCCUUAUACUUAUAUCUCGUCCUGCUCUCUCCCCGAUCCCCCCGCUCUUUCCCUCCCUCUCAUAGCGUCCUCCUCCUCUGUCUGCUUGUCUGUCGUGCAUGUCUGCCCCCGCCGUACCGCAGUCUCAUGUCCUCAUUCUUGCGCCAAAUAUAACUUCUACCGUGCGCUCUACGGCAAGUCCGCCUCGCCCGCCAUCCGUCAAGACAACAGCUUCCACAAGUCCUCCAUCCCAUGACAAGCUUGCCUCAGCCCCACUUGCCGAGUCAAAGUCUACAAGCAACGACGACUGCUCCAUGGCUUCGCCUCCACCGCAUCCCAAAUUGCCCGAAGUCCCGCCGCGCUCCUCCACUUCUGCAUUCUCGCCUCCCAGCGAUGCAUCUUCAUCCACCAUGGCCUCUCAAGCACCCGCACAGCUUGCUCUCAUGCUCUCUAAUGCCCUUGCGGAUGUAGAUGCUCUCAAGCGUGCUCUGACCGAAGAGAAGAAACGCUCUACACGCGCUGAACGUUUGCUCUCGUCCUUCCACCCGAAUGCAAGUACCGAAGCCGGAAUCUCGGACGAACAGAAAAGCGAACAGAUGUCCGAGGGUGCUCUCAAGGCUGUUCUAGAUGCUGAAGCUCGUGCUGAACGUGCUGAGCGAGCGCGCGACGACGCUCUUCACGCGCUCCAUUCCCUUACUGCGCACUUUGCCGAUUUCGAGCGAUACGAGCAAUCCAUCUCGCUCCGUGCUGCAGACGCACGUACCGCCUUUUCUCGCCUCCUGUCCGGCAUCACUGCGUCUCAUCCGCCGCCUUCAUCAUCCCCAACACUCUCGGGAGGUGGCUCAGGUUCUCCUGCUACCCUGAACCUUCCUGGGCUUCCGGCUCCGUUACCAGCUCCAUCAGCAAGCACAUCACAGGCUUCUCAAUAUCUGACCGGGCCCGGUGCGCCGCCGCCGCUGCCUCCUUUCCCUCCUUCCGCUUCAUUGCUGUCAACACGCCAUUCGCGCGGUCUAUCAUCGCACGCCGCUCCGUCAUUCGGCUAUCCGUCGUCCCACGGAGCAAGCCACACCCGACAGGGCUCUCAUUCCAGUGCAACUUUUAGCAGCCUUCCGCUUCCACCGCCUCCAUCCGCCACUGGUCUCGGUGCUGGACACGUUGGCCCUUCUGCUCCACCGCCAUCCUCUUCGUCAUCGUUUUCCAUCCCCGCAAAGCGUAUCCAUAGGAAUCGAAGCGCUCGUGGACUAGACGACGGUGCAGGAAAUGAGUGGGAAGAAUCGAAACGCCGCCGAGUCGGGCCUUGGGACAUGGAUAUCGAUGAACAUCCAAAUCAUGGUGAUCAGCCACUUCCUUAUCCUCAACAUCAACCAUCUCUUUCUGCACAGCCUACUCAGCGUUUGUACGAACGCGAUCGUGUACAACAUCAGCAGAGUUACGCUAGAAAUGGGUCUGGUUAUCCUUCUCGAUACGACGAGCGCGAACCGAAUGGAAUUCCUCCUGUAAAUGGGAAUGGCUUGGUCCGUGUUGAUGCACGCGAACUUGUGCGCGAUGCCAAGGAACGUGAGCGUAUGGGAAGGGGUGCGCAUUAUCGUGCGAGAGAUGGAGAGAGGAAGAGGAGACGGAGUGCGAGUAAAAGCUCGGCAGGAAGUAGCUGGAGUAUUGACGAGAUGCUACUUGAGACAGCAACAGACGGGGAUCGCGAGAGGCGCGAAGAUGGCCGCCCCUUGGAUCCUCGUCAGGAAGCACAACUUGGCCAGUAUCAGUCGCACGUGUACAACUCGUCCAUUGCUGGCCCUCCACCGCCGUCCUCUUCGCAUCUUCCUCAGGAUAAUCUAUACGUUGAACAACCUUCAAAGAAACCUACCUCGCACUCAAGCCAAGCAUCAAAUGUACCUGCUAGUGAGAACAGUCCUGCAGAACGUGAGAGACCUGGCAAGGUCCCUGCAAGUCAGCUCGUGACCCUUGGUCCCGGUGGUGUUGUCGUCAGCGGGGGUGGUCAAGCAGCCCCGAUUCCUCCGGGUGGAUUCCCAGCUCAGAAUACUAGCGGUCAACGCAUCUGUCGUCAGUGCGGUGUGCCUGGACGGUACAAGGACGGCAAAUGUGUUGAAAAAUGGGGUCCAGGCCCUGAGGGUCCCGGGACCGUUUGCGAUCGCUGUCGGAAGAAAAUGAAGCGCGUUGAACGUCGUGGAACGCUGGAUAGUGCCACGGCGAAUGCACAGCAACAGGCGUUCCUCGCCCAGCGUCAAGCACAAGGGAGGAGCAAUCUGCAAUCACAACCUACUUUACCUACUCCUUCGUCCCAAUCUCGUAGUCGUGGCACAUUGCGUACAGAUACGCUUCUCGUUGACCAGAAUGGUCAUAUGCGACCAAACGAACAGACGCAGUCAACUAUGCUAAGUGUGAGCCCACGAUCUACACAACAACAUGCGUAUUCGAGGGAGAGGGAAAGGAGUAGGGAUGGUUCGAGUCGAUCACGAACGCGUUCGCCUGCACCGUCGUACCGGCAUACCGCAUCUGUGUCGGAUACUCGUCAUAGCCAGGCAUCAACACAAUACUCGCAGAGCCAGAGUCAAAGUCAAAGUCAAUCUCAAGGUCACAGGCGUGCACCAACACCUCCUUACAUUAACUCAAUAUCAACGUACAACGAUGAUGAUGGCGAUGGGGAGGAGGAUAGUGAAGGACGUGGACGAGAUGCAGAUGCAGAUUUGGAUGUCGAUGCAGAGAUUGCUCGCGCUGCUUCGACGAGUAAGGGCUCGAAAUCGCGAAAUGCUCCACCGUAUUUAUCUCCAAACGCGCCUCGCGUUGGGCCAAAUGGAACUGCCUACCCCCAUGCACUACCACCGCCUCGUAGCAGGGCAUCGUCGACGUCGACAUCUGCUACGUACGAGAAACAUAACGGGUCGCGAAGGUCAUCUCGGCCUCCUACGAGUAACUCGAAACGCAUGCCAUUGCCAAGUGUUGAGACGCUUCCACGAUCAGCUGUUCGACGUCGGGAUACGCAGGAUGAACUGGACGAAGACGAAGGAGAUGGAGAUGCUGACGCUGAUGCCGAUGCGGAUGGUUCCGGAGAGGGCGAUGCAGACGCUGAUGCAGAGAUUAUGGACGCUGUUGACGCAGCGAUGAAAGUUGAGGAAUAAUCUUUUGUUCUGAGGUCCCUUCGUUGCUUUUUGUUGGACCUGCUUUUUCAUGCUUAGCAGACGUAGAAUUGUUGUCUACUUUACCCCAAUCCAAAGGCAUUCACGUAACUGCAUUUAUUUGUAAUGCUUGCACUCUUUUUGCUUGUAUCAGUGCAAAUGCAAUACUUUUUAUGUACUGUAUUCUU